AUGUCGAGCUUCACAGUUAACAAAAAGACCAGGAUGUCUGACUUGAUAAAUUACCGUUUAAAAAUACUCACGAUAGAUGGCCGAAAUUUCAUUGGUAAACUAUUAGCGUUCGAUAAGCACUUGAACUUGGUUUUAUCCGAUACUGAAGAAUUGAGAAUAACAAAGAAAUCGUAUCAAGAAUUGAAGAGUAAAAAUAGUAUAAAUCCAGUGGAAGAUAAAAGAUUAUUAGGAUUAAUUAUUUUAAGAGGAGAUCAAAUAGUUAGUUUAAGUAUCGAAAGUGGACCAACUACUGAUAUUAAGAAACGAUUAGGAUUAACAAAGGGUAAAGGAAUAUCUAGACCUUUGAAAGUUCCAGUUAGUCAAACAUCUAAAAUUGGAUCUAAUUUACAAGGUCCAGUCAAACAUUAA